AAGGAGAGCGGCCGUGCACCAGUUCCGGGGGCAACAAUGUCGGCCAGAGGUAUCCUGUGGCCCAAAGUGAUCUUAUUUGGAGACUCCAUCACUCAGCAGUCCUUUGAUAGAGGAGGUUGGGGUGCUGCAAUUGCAAACAGACUUGUUCGGAAGUGUGACGUGCUAAACCGUGGCCUGUCAGGCUAUAACACAAGAUGGGCCCUAAGCGUUCUGCCAAAGAUUAUUCCUCAGCCUGCUAACCAAGAAACAAUUGCUGCUGUCACAGUCAUGUUUGGAGCAAAUGACUCUGCCCUGAAAGAUAUAAAUCCAGUGCAACAUAUUCCUCUCACUGAGUAUGCUGAAAAUCUGAAAGGUAUAGUCCAAUACCUGAAGUCUAUAGGUAUUUGUGAAGACAAGGUGAUCAUGGUGACUCCACCUCCACUGGAUGAAUCAGCUUGGGAAGAGGAGUGCAUUGCCAAAGGUAGUAAAUUAAACAGAUGCAAUUCAGUAACCAACCAGUAUGCUGCAGCUUGUGUCAAGGUUGCAGAAGAAUGUGGAAUUGAUGUGCUUGAUCUCUGUACCUUGAUGCAAAUGAAGAAUCAGGACUUUUCCUCUUAUCUUUCGGAUGGACUGCACUUAUCAGAGAAAGGGAAUACAUUUCUGGAAACCCAUUUAUGGGCCCUGCUGGUAAAGAAAACUGAAAGACUGCCAAUGAUUCUACCUCACUGGAGCAACGUUGAUCACCUGAAUCCUGAAGCCAGCUUCCCGGUGUAAUUCAAUCACAGAGGGUUUCAACAUAUUAAACAUAACAGUGGAAUAUGUAUGGAACUUAGGAGCUACAGAACAUUGUUAUGCAGAGUGACAGCAAACAUACAAGUUACAUUUGUACAACAAACGUUUUUGCGAGAUACCAAAUGAAUUCUAGUUUUAUACUUUACGUUUCAAUCAAUUAUCACUUGCUUCAUAAUGAAAGGAAAGAUAUGAGAUCUGAAAUAUGUA